AGAGAAAAAGGUGUAGAGAGACAUGGAGCUUGAAAGAAUCAUUCGAGACACGCUCACACGCUUCAUCCAGUCCCACAACCCUGCAGCAGAUCUCAGUGGGAUGGAUGAUGUUUUCUUCUCUUAUAUCACGGGUGUCCUGGAAGAGCUGGGCUCACCAGAGUCUUCGGAGGAGACUUUUGACAUGGACACCUUUGUGGAAAUGAUGGAGGCAUAUAUCCCUGGUUUUGCAGAAAUCCACAGCGGGGAUGUUUGUGAAAUGAUGUUCUCCCUCUCAGAAAGGCUUGGUGAAGCUCGCAACAAAGAAAAACCUGGCCAAAAGGCUGUGGAAAGCAGGAGUGAAGCACCCUCUGAAGACAUCACCAAGGGCCAGGAGCCUGGAGCUGGAGCCUGCAACGGGGAAAGGCUGUGCACUCUAACAGACGGAGCCAGGGCCCAGGAAGGCAAUGACUCGAAGGAUGGAGUGGAGCUGCUACUGGAGAUGUUCCCAGCCUGUACUGUGAGCCAGGCAGAGAAGGCUCUCGCCAUGGCCUUGGGGAACUUGGAGGAGGCAGUGCAGUUAAUUGUGGAGGAGAAGGUGGAAAUUGGCCCAGCAGGUGCGAGUGUGAAGGAACUGGCACGGCCCCGCAAAGCGCCCAACCACGAGGAACUAAAACAGGUUAUCCUACAGAAAUACAUGAUGGUGGAUAGUGCAGAUGACCAGAAAACACAUCGGCCAGCUCCACCCAAAGAGGCUCCCAAGAAGUUGAUCCGCUAUAUUGAUAACCAGGUGGUGAGUACAAAAGGAGAGAGGUACAAAGACAUCAAGAAGCCUGAGAGUGAGGAGAUGAAAAGAACCUAUAUCAGCCUAAAACCAGCCAGAAAGUACAAGUUCCACUGACAGCCAGGUCCUCCUGCUCUUCAGCCUUCCACCUCACUGGCCACGCAUGGCAGGAUGGAUGUGUGGCCCUAGGAAUGAGGGGACUCCUCCACCUGCUGCUAACUUGAACUAACCUGGGAGCCAGGACACUGCUUUCAGCUUCCCUGACUAAUCUGGUUGGCAAGGAGACUUCUUCUUGUGUAGCUAUCCCUCUGCCCCAAGGGGCACACCGCAGUGACGCUCCUGGGCCUGGGCAUGGUCUGCUAUUCCUUGCAUGGGACAUUUUUAGAUCUGCGAUGUGGCUUGUGCUUUUGCAGCAACCUUUUUAACAAGUCUGUGUGCACUGUUGCUUUGAGUGCCAGUAUUAAUAAAGAUGAUGUGAAUUGGUGUGUAGUUCA